AUGGACUCAUCUACUCUGAAUCAAAACCCUGCUGCCGAUUUCCGCACCUUUAUCGAUGUUCUUCUGAAAGACAAUGACUUGGCAGAAAUCAAUUGCGAAGUCGAUCCCCACCUAGAAGUCGGAGCGGUUGUACGGCGGGUGAGCGAAGUGAAUGGCAAAGCACCCUUGUUCAACAACAUCAAGGGGGCAAAAGGCGGACUUUGGCGCAUGUUUGGAAAUGCAGCAUGUCUUCGGAACAACGAGGAGGAGCGAUAUGGCCGGAUUGCGCGAAAUCUGGGGCUUGCUAGAAAUGCGCGAUGGGCGGAUAUAUCUCAAAAGCUUCAGGCGGCGCUCAAAGCACCUCCUGUUCCCCCCAAUGUAGUGGCUACCGGUCCGUGCAAGCAAAAUAAGAUUGAAGGAAAUGAAAUUGACCUUAAUCGGCUCCCGGUACCGUUGCUACACAAGGACGAUGGAGGCAAAUAUAUUCAGACAUACGGUAUGCAUGUGUUGCAAGCUCCAGAUGGCAAUUGGACCAAUUGGUCUAUCUUCCGUGGCAUGGUUCAUGACAACAGGCAUAUUGUAUGUCUCGUUGGCGGCGGACAGCAUGUUUCCAUUAUUUUUCAGAAAUGGAAGGAAGAGGGUAAGACUGAGAUUCCUUGGGCCCUAGCUCUCGGCGUGCCCCCAGCAGCAAGUAUUGCAGCUGCCUUACCCCUGGCCGAGAAUGUAUCAGAGGCCGAGUUCGUUGGCGCGUUGCUUGGGAAGCCAUUAGACCUUGUUACAUGCGAGCUGAGCGACCUUCUUGUGCCCGCAAAUUCUGAGAUUGUCUUAGAAGGGACCCUGUCGCUCACCGAAAAGGGCUAUGAAGGGCCAUUUGAGGAUUAUCUAGGCAUUCUGUUCAAGGAAGGUCGUCGGGCUAUGCCUUUAUUCAAAGUCAACACCAUCACAUAUCGUGACAGUGCCAUCUUACCUAUUUCCGUGCCAGGAAGGAUCACAGACGAGUCGCAUACAACCGUUCUUCUCGCUGCACCUCAGAUGGUUACGCUGUUGCAACAACAUAACAUACCAGUUAAAGAGGCAUUUGCCCCGUUAGAAACGAUGGCAACGUGGUGUGCAUUGCAGAUUGACAUUGAGAAACUUGGCCAGAUGAAAACAACACCAGAAGAACUUUGCAAUAAAAUAGGGAAGAUUGUUUUCAACGACAAAUCGGCUAUGCUUACGAACCGAAUUCUCGUCGUCGGGGAUGAUGUAGCUAUUGAUGAUUUUAAAGAGCUCAUGUGGGCCUUUGUAAAUCGAUGUCACCCAUCCAAGGACGAAUAUGUUUUUGACGAUGUGACCGUACAUCCACUGAGUCCAUACAUGCAUUAUAAGGGCACUGGUCGGGCUAGUUGUGGUGGCAAAAUUGUUUCCAACUGUCUCCUGCCGAUGGAGUAUGAGGGCCAGCGUAGCUUUCGAAGUGUUGAUUUCAACCGCUCAUAUCCUGUGUCGGUCAAAGACAAAGUGAUUGCUGGCUGGGAAGACAUGGGCUUUGAAAGGGCCUGA